CAGGAGUUUGCAGCAGCAGCAGCCGCAGCCGCAGCGGCGGCGAGCGAGGUGGAGAGAAGCAGUGGGGAAGCCAAGCCGCCCAGCGCUCUGGCACACGCGUGGCACCGCUGGGGUGGGCUUGCCCCAGGCACCAGCACCCCCGCAGCAGCCGCGGCUCCUCAGGCUUUGGGAGGCUCGGAUUUGUUGAAGAACUUAAAUAAAAAGCUGCUCACUCGUCCACGGCGUCAUUUCUGCAGGUUGGGCACACACACGCAGCCAGCCAAGCACGGCGCCCGCCUAGCGCUUUCCCUCCCCCCGGCGUGCGUCCAGCCACGAUUCAGUGACUAUGAGCCUGCAAGUGAAACUUUCCCGGAGCGAGCUGUAUUUUCCCUGCCCAUUCGCAAACCCGAUGAAUGCGAGAUAAUAAUGGAGAGGAAAAAGGCAAAGGCUGUCUCCGAGCUCAGCACGCCAGCGCUCUGAUUCACCGCGGAGCAGCCCGCACCCGCUGCAAGCGCCUCGGACUUUGCCUAGCCAACCUAUUGCUCCUACUUUCCCCGGGCGAGCCGAAGGAAGAGGAGGAGAGGUGGGGCAAGUAGCCCGUUGCAGCUGCUGUACAAACUGCUGUAAGAACUUGCGUGGCGGAUACGGUGUGAAUGACUAGCUCGGGUUUCUAAAGGCGAGUGUGACUUUCCACUGCUCGCUCUAUGACUCUCAGAGAUGACACAGCCUUCUCCAUCUCCAGCCCAGGGAAGUGGCUCCGCGGGAGGGCCCUGAGGAACCCCCACCCCCAAAAUCCGACUCUUAUUUUGCAGACGCUCCACCUCCCCCCCUCUUUCCAGGCUGUGACUUAUGAUCGGACAAGGCUCCCCCCACCCUUGCACGUUUGCAGCCGCACUUUCACAGCAGCCUCUGUCUCAGUGUCUGCUUGCUUGUGUUUUUUUAAAUAGGAUUUUAUUUUUAAUGCAGUAACCACGAGGAUGCGUUUAAAGUGCGCCUGGUCUCGGCAGUGAGGUCUGUGCUGUGCUUUUUUUUUUCGGGAGGGGGGAGAUAUAGCGCAUGCCAGGUGCACAUAAAUCCAGAUUCCCCCAUACAUUGACUGCUCUGUGAUUUUUUGUAGAUCUCUCUAUAAAAGACAUUUUUUUCUAUAACUUCUAACUUGCAUGCACAUUGAUGGGCGGAAAGCGCAGCUGAUUUUAUUGUGGUGAUCGAUGCUAACUUUGAUAAAGCGGUGACACUGACUGCCGGGGGAAGCAGACGAGCCGAGUGUGUCUCUAGACGGUUUUUGCCUCUGAUUUUACCCUAUUUUAAAAGAAACCCCACCCGUUCCCCCAGACAGCCAAGCACCAAAACAACACCCCCGCGCGCCUGCUCCAGCCGGGCUAUCAACAGGCAGCCAGGAGGGAAGCUGGGCGCCAGGUGUGCGGAACCGGGAGAUGGAUAUUCUCCCCGUCCUGCUCGCCUUGCUGUGGACCGGGGCAGGAGCCCUGAUCAACCUGAAGUACUCGGUGGAGGAGGAGCAGCGCGCCGGCACGGUGAUCGCGAACAUCGGCAAGGACGCCCGGGAGGCUGGCUUCGUGCUGGACCCCCGCCAGCCCGCCGCCUUCCGGGUGGUGUCCAACUCGGCCCCGCACCUGGUGGACAUCAACCCGGGCUCGGGCUUGCUGGUGACCAAGCAGAAGAUCGACCGGGACCUGCUGUGCCGCCAGAGCCCCAAGUGCGUGAUCUCGCUGGAGGUGAUGUCCAGCUCCAUGGAGAUCUGCGUGAUCAAACUGGAGAUCAAGGACCUGAACGACAACGCGCCCAGCUUCCCCACCGACCAGAUCGAGCUGGAGAUCUCGGAGACGGCCAGCCCGGGCACGCGGGUGCCGCUGGAGAGCGCCUACGACCCGGACUCGGGCAGCUUCGGCGUGCAGAGCUACGAGCUCACCCCCAACGACCUCUUCGGGCUGGAGACCAAGACGCGCGGCGACGGCUCCCGCUUCGCCGAGCUGGUGGUGGAGCGCAGCCUGGACCGCGAGACGCAGUCCCACUACAGCUACCUGCUCACGGCGCUGGACGGCGGCGACCCGCCCAACUUCGGCACGGUGGAGCUCAGCAUCCGGGUCAUUGACUCCAACGACAACAACCCGCUCUUCGAGGAGCCGGCCUACGCCGUCAGCGUGCCCGAGAACGCGCCGCCCGGCACGCCCCUGCUCCGCCUCAACGCCUCCGACCCCGACGAGGGCACCAACGGGCAGGUGCUCUACUCCUUCCACAGCUACGUGUCCGAGCGGGCGCGCCAGCUCUUCCACCUCGACCCGCAGAGCGGCCUGCUCAGCGUCAGCGGCGCCGUGGACUACGAGGAGGGCCACAGCUACGAGCUGGACGUGCAGGCCAAGGACCUGGGGCCCAACUCCAUCCCGGCCCACUGCAAGGUGACGGUCAGCGUGCAGGAUGCCAACGACAACCCGCCCCUCAUCAACCUGCUCUCGGUCAACAGCGAGCUGGUGGAGGUGAGCGAGAGCGCGCCGCCCGGCUACGUCAUCGCCCUGGUGCGGGUCUCCGACCGCGACUCCGGGGCCAACGGGCGGGUGCAGUGCAAGCUGCUGGGCAAUGUGCCCUUCCGCCUGCAGGAGUACGAGAGCUUCUCCACCAUCCUGGUGGACGGGCGGCUGGACCGGGAGCAGAGGGACCAGUACAACCUCACCAUCCAGGCCAGGGACAACGGGGUGCCCUCCCUGCAGGCCACCAAGUCCUUCACCGUCAAGAUCACCGAUGAGAACGACAACCACCCCCACUUCUCCAAGCCCUACUACCAGGUCAUCGUGCAGGAGAACAACACCCCUGGGGCCUACCUCCUGUCUGUCUCUGCCAGGGACCCUGACUUGGGCCUCAAUGGCAGCGUUUCCUAUCAGAUCAUGCCCUCCCAAGUCCGGGACAUGCCUGUCUUCACCUACGUCUCCAUCAACCCCAACUCUGGGGACAUCUAUGCCUUGAGGUCCUUCAAUCACGAGCAGACCAAGGCCUUCGAGUUCAAGGUCUUGGCCAAAGACGGGGGCAGCCCGUCCCUGCAGAGCAAUGCCACCGUCAGAGUGAUUGUCCUGGAUGUCAAUGACAACACCCCUGUGAUAACUGCCCCACCUCUGGUCAAUGGGACUGCAGAAGUGUACAUCCCUAGGAAUGCCGGGGUUGGCUACUUAGUGACAGUGAUCAAGGCAGAUGACUAUGAUGAGGGGGAGAAUGGAAGACUGUCCUAUGAAAUGGCAGAUGGGGAUAGAGGUUUUUUUGAAAUAGAUCAGUUCAAUGGAGAGAUAAGGACCACCAGAGCAUUCGGGGAGAAUGCAAAGACUACUUAUGAACUGAUUGUGGUGGCGCAUGAUCAUGGAAAAACAUCACUCUCAGCUUCUGCCUUGAUUUUGAUAUACCUAUCCCCAGCUCUCGAUGCCCAGGAAUCCAUAGGAUCUGUUAACUUGUCACUGAUUUUCAUUAUUGCCCUGGGUUCUAUUGCCGCCAUUCUUUUUGUCACCAUGAUCUUUGUUGCAGUUAAGUGUAAAAGGGAUAACAAGGAAAUAAGGACCUACAACUGCAGAAUUGCAGAGUACUCCUAUGGGCAUCAAAAGAAAUCAAGCAAGAAGAAAAAAAUCAGCAAGAAUGAUAUCCGGCUGGUACCACGGGAUGUAGAGGAGACAGAUAAAAUGAAUGUGGUGAGCUGCUCCUCCCUUACUUCAUCUCUCAACUAUUUCGACUAUCAUCAGCAGACCUUGCCACUGGGCUGCCGCAGAUCUGAAAGUACCUUCCUCAAUGUGGAGAAUCAGAACACUAGGAACACAGGCUCCAAUCAUGUUUAUCACCACACCUUCACCGGGCAGAGUCCCCAGCAACCAGAUCUGAUCAUCAAUGGAAUGCCAUUGCCAGAGACUGAAAACUACUCUUUUGAUUCCAACUAUGUGAACAGCAGAGCCCAUUUAAUAAAGAGCAGUUCAACUUUCAAGGACUUAGAGGGGAAUAGUCUCAAGGAUAGUGGGCAUGAGGAGAGUGACCAGACUGACAGUGAACAUGAUGUCCAACGGGGCCUGUACUGUGAUACUGCCGUCAACGAUGUGCUGAACACCAGUGUUACUUCCAUGGGGUCUCAGAUGCCUGAACAAGAUCAAAUGGAAGGAUUUCAUUGUAGGGAAGAGUGUCGGAUCCUUGGUCACUCAGAUAGAUGCUGGAUGCCCCGGAACUCUGUCCCCAGUCGUGCAAAAUCCCCUGAGCAUGGAAGGAAUGUCAUGGCACUCUCUAUAGAAGCUACCACUGUGGAUACAGAGCCUUAUGAAGACUGUAGUACAAAAAGAACUUUUGCAACGUUUGGCAAAGAUGGGAGUGAACCCCUUGCCGACGAGCGUAUCGUCAACCUGAAAGGCAAAAGAACAGUGGAUCUGCCCAUCUGCAGCCCAAAGGUAAAUGGUGCAGUCCGCGAAGCGGGGAAUGGCUGUGAAGCUGUGAGCCCCAUCACUUCACCCCUUCAUCUGAAGAGCCCCCUGUCUAGCAAACCUUCAGUAUCAUACAACACAAUGCACUGCCCGGUAAAUCGCGACCUGGAGCAAUUUGUAAACAAUGGCCCUUCUCGGCCCACCGAAGCAGAGCCUAGAGGGGCAGACAGUGAAAAUAUAAUGCAUGAAAUUAACCCACUUCUGCAAGAAUGUAGAGAAAAAGACUCACCAGGAGUGAAGAGACUAAAAGACAUAGUACUCUAAACGGCACCAUAUAAAAAUGAGAACCGGCACUACUACAAGCGCAUAUUGUUUUUAAAUGCUUACCAAUGGUUCACAAAUUGCUGUAUUUAAGAGCUUUCCCUAAAUGUAUUGUUUAUAAAUGAAGCUAUCGUUAAUGUGACAAUCCCACUUGUUUCAGCAACCAGCAGGGGUGUUCAGUUGAAGCAAAUUAGCUUGUUUUUCUUUUGUCACGGGGUGGGGGUGAAGGUGAGACCAGUUCAGUUAUAAAGAAGUAUUAUGUAUGGAGUAUUUUCAAUUUAUAUAUUUUUAUAUCUCAAAACUCUCUAUUAUAAAUUGCCAUUCUUUGUAAUGAAUUGAAUUGAAAACUCCUUAUCUGGCCAUCCUUAAUAAUCACCCGGAAGUUUUUGUAGUCUACACAAUUUAAUGGCCAUUUCUUAUGUACAACUGUUAAAAGAACAAUUCAAUGAGUUUUAAUAUUUGCCUAGCACAAGGCUGUUUGUACUUUAAAAUGUUGCUAUUUUGCUGUGGACACCCCUGCAUUAAGAAUCCUUUUGCUAUCACAUGCUUAUCUGUACUAUUAUUGUAUUUGAUAUUGCAAAUUACUGUAUGUCUAGUGAUGGCAAAAGGCUUUCAAGUUUAAAAAAAAACCACAGAUAUAUUUAAAACGUGGGAAAACUGCUAAUUUCAAAGCCAAUGUAAGGAGUGUUCUCUCCCCGUCUUACCCUCCAGCACCCCACACAUCCUAUACUUGUUUUCACAGAGCUAUGAUAGAUCAUUGUGGAAAGUCAUUUGGGGGAUAUUCUGCUGUCUAAUUUGCAGUUGUUAGAUGCAGUGUGCUGAACGUUUUGAGAUCCAUUUUUUUUUUUGUAAUGUCAAGGCACUGCAUGGAAAAGCUUCUCCGUAAGUUAUUAGUUCCCAGGUUUAGAUAUUCCCUGUCUCUAAUCAUCUCAAAGUGAGGGAAUUGUUUAACAGAUCUAAAUUAGCAUCUUGGUUAGACACACACUUCUUGAUUCAACAUUUCCAAGUCAUGAUUACACUUAAGUACUGGCGUGAGGGUAUGUAUCUCAUCAUGGAAUGGAUUUUAGAGUGAUAUUAUUUCUAUUUAUCCUGCAUCAAAAAUAGGUAGAGAGUAAGCAAUAGAAGGAUAUACAUGUAGGGACAGACAGGUGAAAUGUAACACCACUACUAAUCAAAUUAAUGUGCCUUCCAUAUGGAGAAGAAAAAUUUGAGUCAUUUUUUCUCAUAAUUAAGUACAUAUUUUAUGUGGUUAAAAAUUUGCACACAUGAAAUUGAUUUUUAAAAGAAAAAGGACCAUUUGAGCUACUUGAACGGCCAUUUUGUAGAAACGAGGGGAGCUAUAAAGAUUUUCACAGCAUGGUAUAUUCUCUGCUCUCCUGCACUACAUAAUUGUUCAGAUUGGGUUUGAGUGGGGUGGAGUGGAGGAUGAAGGUUUGUGAAUUAGUAACCCUUUAUUUGACAGACUUUUCUACCCAAAAGAAUAUUCAUUAGAGCUUAACGGUUCAUUCUGAGGCAGGGAAAAAAUAAAGAUAUUGCCAACAUUUGCUCUGCCAGUGAACUGAAAAUAAUGGUUUCUAGAGAAACAGUCUUCCUAGUACUAAUGUAUCUUGAUAACAUUCUCGUUACUUUGAUUUAUUUAAAUUAAAAAUGUCAUCAGGAAAAGAGCCUCCAAUUGUUAUUGUCCUAGAAAUCAAAUAAACUCCAGUCUUUUCUUUUCUUUUCUUUAGAGAAGGUGGAUAAAAUGAAUAUGGUUGAGUUUUUGACUACUCCAGUUGGUACAUUACCAGUAUGUCUUAUGGGCCCAGGAAUUUGAAAAUAAUUUAUCAAAAGGAACUUCUAAUUAAAUUACUAAAACUUUUUUUAUUGGUGUUGAUUGCUACCUCAUGCAGAUGGAAUCCCUUUAGUUGAUGUUAUGGCAUCUGUCCCUCUAAAACUGACCCAUAUUUCAUUUUUUCCUUUAAUUUUGAAGUUUGAUUCAUUUUUUAAAUAGUAUGUUCUUUUUAUUCUAGUUUUUUAUAUCUGGGGUACUGUACUGCUGUCAUUAAAAUAUAUAUUUUUUGCAAGUGGAUGUUUGUUAUAUGAGCAAUAGAAAAAACAGGUUGGUUUCGGGGGGGGUUAAGUUACUGGAUAUUAAGAUGGGUGUUUUGUUCAUUAUGAUGUAACCUGUAUUUGUUAACUUCUGAGAGCUUUAUUCAGUGAAAAUUCAUGUCCUUACUUACUGAGCCACAGAAGCCUCCUGGAUAUCUUUGUUAGCUGCAGAAAUUAAUCCUCAUUGAUUGGCAGAAAAUUGUUUCUUGAAGGAUUUUGUGUGUGUGUGUGUGUGUGUGUGUGGCAGCAGUAACUCAGAAUCAGUCUAUAGUACUGUUCCCCCACCCCCCCAACACAUAUUCUUCAAGCGCAUAUGGAUAACCGAUGGCAAUCAUGAAACUUUUGGCAUCAGGGGCCUCUACUUAGGAUGCUCAAAGACUCUGGUUGCUUUAGGCUAGCUGACAAAAUGAGUUGAAGUUUAUAUGAACCUUUUGCCCUCUCGUGGAAAGCCCACAAAAAGGGCUUGGGUUUCUUCAAACUCCUGUGUUUUACUGCUGGGAUUUUGUUUCAAAAUCCAGGAAGCUCAUUAGUUUUGCACCAAGUUCAGUGAAACUCUCCAUCCAAAAGUUACCUUGAGAUUUCAAAUUUUCACACCACCAAAUGUAAACAAACCCGAAUGGGGAUGUGUGUGUUGCAAAUGGUGUAAAUUGAACCUAUCCAAUUGCUUGAUGCAAUCUCUCCUGACUUGAAACGGGUGGGUGUCAUGCUGCAUUAAUGGCAGGUCAUUUCCCUGAAAUGAGCCAUUCAAGUACUUCACAAAAAGGAGCUGAUGAGGAAUAGCCAAAAGGCUUCCCUGAGGAAAGCCGAAGGCAUGAGCCCUCACUCUGAUAGGAGAGAGCCCCAUUCCCCGCCCCACAACUCCAUGUCUGCAACAAGUGGGAAACUAUUUAGUCAAGAAGGUCAUGUUUGGGUCCAUAUCAUAGAGCCGCCUUCUCUCCCCAAACAUACACUCUCCACACAUAAGUAUGGCCCUACUUUAAUGUCAUCUGACUCUGUUUCUGAGCUCUGGCUAAAUUCCAGCACUAACAUCAUGAUUCCUGCCUUGGGUUAUCUUGAUCCAGCUCCACUGAAGACUCCCAUUGGUUCCCUAGGGGGUUGGAUUGGGACUUAACUCCCCAAGCCAAAUCAUUUGCCCAGAAGGGCUUGUACAUUAUCUUCUAUGGAACUGAGAGCAACAAUCCAUCAGGCAACAUGGGAAAGGAGUGGCUAGCCAAUUAGCAUGGAUUCUCCUCCAUCCACUACACUGUGCUGUGAAAAUUGGACCGUCCUAUUCCUCUCCCACAGCCCUCCUCCUCCCCAUCCAAGGAGAGACUAGGCAGUGGUCCCCAGUCACCUGACCCGGUGAAUAUAAAACAGACAGAAGAGUCCAGCUGUUGAUUUCUACUGAACUUGGGCCUCUGACUAUUGAGCUGCCAGCACCAGCCUGGCACUGGGUGGAAAAUAAAUGCUAACUGAAAAGAAAAAUAAAACAUUUUUCUGAUUUAUCUAUUGGAAACAUUCCUUGCCACUUGAAAUAAAAGCGCAGCCCAGAAAAUAUGUGAAAUAUUUCUUUAUUAAAAGGGAGUUUUAAGAGGUCAGUAAGCCCUGCUGCCUCCAAGCAAACCAUUUAAACAACAGUCUUUCCCAUCCUGGUCUGUGCUGAAGCUUAGGAUCUUGAGUGCCUAAGGCACUUGCAUGACACAUUGUUAUCACAUGAGAAGAAAAACCAGGAGAGGGACUAGAAAAGGUUUAUCACCCACAGAGUUCCCUCCCCCCUUCCAAAUAUUUUCUAUUCCCACUUGCUUUCCUUUUCUCAUUUGAAAUCAGUUGAGAGCUUCUGGCUGAGCUGUGUUAUAAUGUUUAAAGUAGUUAAAUUAACCACAUCAAAAUGUGAAUGACCCAGGAUGGCUGUUUUGGACAAGAUGUAAUGAAGCUCUCUUUAGAAUUUAUAUUCUCAUCAAAUUUGGUGCAGGAAAAUUGUAAGAAUGGUGUAGUAGUUUAUACCACCUUUAACAGCCUGAUUUCCAGAGGUGCUGAUCAUCCACAACCCACAAUGAAACCAAUACUGGAUUGCCCCUGCAGCAUCUCUGGAUACCAGACCCCAAAAAUACAGUCUGAGUAAAUUCAUGACAUGCUAUAUUCAAAGUGUAAUAUUUACCUACUUGAUAGAAUAUCUUUAGAAAAUCCUUUCACAAGUGGAAUUUUCUUUUCCUUACAUUGAAAUCUUGCAGCACUGGUUUUAUUUUUAUGCUGAUAUAUACAAAGGGGAAUAUGGGGGGGUUGGUUACGAGAGGGUGGAUUGAUGGUUUUAAAAAUAAUCCGUAAGCACUUAAUGCAUUGUCCUGAUGAAGUUGUUGCGGUUAUCUCUGUUUUAUUGUGAAGCUGGAGAUGGCCUGUGGAUCACACAUUGUGCAGAAGUAAAUUACAUUUUUUCAAAUAGGAAACAAGUUGCUUUUGUGAAGAACACACUGUCUGAUUAAUAUGUUGAAAUUACUCUUGGGGGGGGGGAAACUAAUUACAAAUAGAAACACAUUUGUCUGUCAUUGGGGGAAAUGGAUGAUCUUGUUGCUACAGCUGCCUUUGCCGCUACAGAUAAUCUUUUAUCCAACUUAUGAGGUGCAUUUAACCUUAGCAGAAGAACCCAGCUAACUCUGUUGCAAGCCCUGGUGAAAUGGAUUCUUUACUGGCAUCUGCUGAUGUUCAGCUGAUACGAGCUGGGAUAUAAUCUUUAGUGACAAGAGCUGACCGAGUGCAAGCUAGUUUUCAGCAACAAAUACCUCCUUGCACUAUUCAAAUGCUAAGGUAUUGGUUGCAGAAGAUCUUAAGUCUUAAAGGUACAAGCUUCUGUAGCCCGCUGACCAGUCUGAUGACACCAUAACUGCCCGCCAAAGCAAGGCGGAUUUCAGUGGGACUUAAGUAUGAUUCAUCAAGGUGUCUCUGUUGCUGAUUAUAUGAAGAAUAAAUUGUUGUAUAUGCUGAUAUGUAUGUUAUGUACAUUUUCACAGUGAUGGAAUCAUUGUAAACAAAAAAAAGGAAAAAAAAUCACCAUUCUGUCUAUUUUAUGAAGAUGAUAAAGCAGCUUUAUUAAAUUAUUACAGUUCUGUUUCAAAAUGGUGUACCUGCCACAUUUUCUCUCAUCUAGUGAAAACUUUGUUUUCCACUUCAAUGUGAUUUCCCCCUCCCCGACCCCGCUUCGAACAUUAAUGCAUUUUAGUAUUAAAGGCAAUUAUUGAAUAAAAUGGAAAUAA